AUGUCCGCCGUUAAGGGCUCGGCGACGCUGACGUCAUCGCUGAGCCUCUACGCCGCGCCCACGCCGCACAACUCCCCCGAGGAAGCACCCGCUCCUGCUCCCGCACUCGUCCGUUGCGCCACUUCCCCCAUCCCGCGCGCUAGGUCUCCCAUUCCCCGCUCCACGUCGUCGAUCGGCGGUGUGGUGGGAUCCGCGGGAGGGGUAUUGGCGGAAGGUGGAACGGGGAGGCGGAGCCGCGCCAAGUGGCAGGUUGGCGGAAAGAUCGGCGCUGUGCUGGGGAAGGACCCCGCGGGACUGCUAGCUGCUAUUAACGCUAUUCGCGAGCAUCGUGGCUCACAGCAACGUCAUUACGAUGCCGCUGAUGAAGGCGGCUCUGCAACCACAACCCGCCGGCUGCGUUCCUCACUCGCCUCCCAGCUCUCUUCCCCCGCGCUCCCCGCGGGGAUCCCCCCCGCAAGCCGUCGCGCGCCAAACUCCGCCGCCGCUGGAACGGGAGGGCCGCGCGUCCUGCGCCCCCGUUCCCCCUCCCCCAUGCGCCGGGCGCGCAGCCCGCGGGCGCUCUCCUCCCCAGCCCCCGACCACGGUGCGCCGCCAGUUUCUCGCUAUCAGGAUGAGAUCCCAGCCGUUGCUGGUAGUAUCGGCGCUGGCAGUGCU